ACCAAAAAUAGAAAACUGAUAUUCCCGGUAUAGAUUUUAAGAUAAUCAGAUUAACAUCAUCUGAUUACCGAGCAAUAUGAAAAUUUUGAGCUCUCCAUACCAAACGCCCUAAGUAGUUGAAGAGCCAAGACAAGACCAUAACAAUGGCGGUAAAGAAUCAAGCUUCUCCCCUCUUUCUUCCGUUCCUCACUUUGAUAAUCGUUAUCAUCAAUAUAACCAACGGCCAGGAUUUCACUUUCCACGAGGCAACAAUCGAAGGAAUCCAAAAAGCCUUCGCCGAGAACCGGCUAACAUCAAGACAGCUGGUGGAAUUCUACCUGAACCAGAUCGAAACCCUAAACCCCAUACUUCACAGCGUCGUAGAGGUCAACCCGGACGCUCUAGAUCUAGCAGACGAGGCCGAUCGCCGGAGAAAAAACAACCUGGGUCGUUCAUCGUUGGGAGAGCUGAAUGGUGUCCCGGUGCUGCUCAAGGAUACUAUUAAUACCGAAGAUAAGCUGAACACGACGGCUGGGUCGUAUGCGCUGCUGGGAUCGGUGGUGGCUCGCGAUGCCGGAGUGGUGGAGAAGCUCAGAGCCGCCGGAGCUAUCAUUUUGGGGAAAGCUAGUCUGUCGGAGUGGUACUCAUUUCGUGCUUUUGGUCACGUGCCGAACGGGUGGUGUGCCAGAGCCGGACAAGGCGUGAAUCCUUAUUUAGCUUCUGGAGACCCAUGUGGAUCAAGCAGUGGAUCAGCAAUUUCAGUAGCUUCAAACAUGGUUACUGUGUCAAUUGGGAGCGAGACCCGUGGCUCAAUACUCUGCCCAGCUGACCACAACUCUGUCGUAGGGUUCAAGCCCACUGUUGGACUCACCAGCCGAGCUGGGGUCAUUCCUGUUUUGCCUCCUCAUGACACCAUCGGGACUCUAAGCAGGACAGUUUCUGAUGCGGUUUAUGUACUUGAUAGUAUAGUGGGCUAUGAUCAAAGAGAUCAUGAAGCAACAAAAGAAGCUUCUAAAUUCAUUCCUUUGGGUGGUUAUAAGCAGUUUCUCAAACUAGAUGGACUAAAAGGAAAAAGACUUGGGGUCGUUAGGAAGCCAUUUGUGGACCCCAUAAAAAAGCCUUCACUCUUUAAAGCUUUUGAAAGUCAUUUGAACACAUUAAGACAAGGGGGUGCAACUAUAGUGGACAAUCUUGAAAUAGAGAACAUAAAAACAGUGCUGAAUCUUGGUAAAAGUGGGGAGCUGACAUCAAUGUUGGCCGAGUUUAAGCUCUCCAUUAAUGACUACUUAAAAGAACUUGUUGUUUCCCCAGUAAGGUCACUUUCUGACAUUAUUGCCUUCAAUGAAAAACACCCUGAUUUGGAGAAGAUCAAAGAAUACGGUCAAGCCACUUUUAUUUCAUCAGAAAAAACGAAUGGAAUUGGAGAAAAGGAAAGGAAUGCAGCUGAGUUGAUGAAAAAUCUCUCACGUGAUGGCUUUGAGAAACUAAUGGUGGAAAAUGAAUUGGAUGCUCUAGUAACACCUGGUACAGGAGCUAUUUCUGUAUUGGCACUUGGGGGUUAUCCUGGAAUUACAGUCCCAGCUGGAUACGAUGACAAAGGCAUGCCUUUUGGUCUCUGCUUUGGAGGGUUGAAAGGAACAGAGCCAAAUCUAAUUGAGGCUGCUCAUGCUUUUGAACAGGCCACAUUGAUCCGGAGGCCUCCAUUUUCCAGAUCAUAUCCAUUACCAUUAGUAGAUAAUGAAGGUCUUUUCGGAAGUUGGUAGUGAUUGUAAUGCUUACCCUUCUGAACUAAUCACUGAACUUUUAAUAUUUCAUAAGACUGUCAUAUGGGUUUUCUGCAUGGUUGAUAAUUGUUUGAUCUGUUUUAUAUUUACUUAACUAGAGCGUAAUUGAUCACUUUAUUGGUAUUUUUUUUCUUUU